GGCGGAGCAAAACAUUGGAAUAUAAACUGACCACAGCGUUACCGAUUGACAGGCACACGAAAGAGACCACACUAUAACGCCUGUUACAACUUUGGCUUUGCUUAAUAGAUAUCUGUUUGUUUCAUACAGAAGAAACACCUGCAGCCUAUCAUCUAUUCCCCCAAAUUUACCGACAUGGACGUUUUAAAGUUUGUGGUUUUGAUAGUUGCAGUUUUUGCGCAGGUUUACUGUGCCCUGGGAACCCCAACCAGCGACGAUGGAGAUAUUUGGUCGAUUGAAAACUGGCAGAGGGAUCCGUUGGAGAGUGGCUUGGCCUUCCGCGUGGCUGACCUCACCAAGAGGUCCGAACUGCAGCAGUUUCAACAACUCGUGGCGCAAAGCUCAGGGAAUAAAGCAGACAUGUUUAUUGGACUCAUGGGUCGAAGGUCCUCAAGUCGAGAGUCACAAGAGGAAUGGAACAAGCCCCAGUAUUACUAGAGAUGAAGAUAUGAACUUGAUUGUUCAAAGUCACUGUAAUAAUCAAUGUUGCUCAAAUUAUUAAUCUAGGUCAAAGCAAUCCAAUACAUGCAACAAAGUUUAAUUUAUGUAACAUAAGUAAGGAAUGUGUAAUGAGGGUCAAUAAUUAUUUGACUCAUGUGUUUAAAAACUGGGUCGGGGAUUUGCUGCAACUAAUUGACAUUGUAUGCCUUCCUUAAUUGUAUCAUUCUGUACUCUCCUUUGCAAUACAAGCUGCUUGUCAUGUUCAAUCAAGUAUUUUGUUGUUGUUGCAUAAUAUUAGAUGGCUUGUUAUGCAUAUAAACAGGUAAAUUUGUCUAACUUAAGAUAAUUCACGUGUCAUCACUGAGAGCAUUACUGAACUUCAAGAUUCAUUAAUAGUGGAAAAAACAAUUUGCUUUUCUGUGCUUCAUAUGAAAUGCUGAUAAUUUGUCAGUGAACCCCUACACAUACUGCCCCAGAAAGAAAACCUUGCACACAGGAUCAAGACAUUUUGGAGUUCAGAUUUAUUGGAGAGGAAGCAAGUACAAAAGCAGGUGCACACAACUUAUCUACAUAUUAAUGCUGUACAGAGGUACUGCUGUGUAGCUACAGUGGUCUACUGCUCUUUUGAUAGCUUAUUGAAGAACAACUGCUUGUAUGAAGGUGAACAUUAUGACCACGCACACUGGUUUCAGGUAAACCGAGCUGUUCUGGAGUUGCUUUCUAUAGCUGCCAUGACAGGCACAGGAGGAAGCAUCAAGACAACACAGACCACAGCAACAUGUUGGGAGGCAAAAUAUGAAAGGCAGAGGUAAAGGAAGAUAAUUGUUUGUGGGAAAUUAACAGUUGACCUGUUGUAGCAGUGUUCUCAGGUUCCAAUAAAAUAUACAGUGAAAUGAGCUGCAAGUUGACCUGCUAUAAUACCUCUGUGUGAUGUUAGGCCAAGUUAGCAUCUAUUCAUGCCAAAGAUGCUGAUAUUAUAGACUCUUUGAAGAACCAUGAACUUUGCAACUAAAUCAUACCACAAAAUAUAGUGGACAGUGUACAAUCUAGUUUUAGAGAGUCAAAAUAAGGAAGUAAACAAUCUGAUGGGCAGGUAUAUUUCAAGGCCUUUCACUUAACAUUCAAAAGCAGAAGGAAUGAAUGAAGCUUGACUGGCCCAAAACUAUUUUAACAUGCAAUUUAAAUUGGAAAUCCAAAAGUUCAACACGAGUGCUUAUAUUCUGAAAAUAAUCAUAAAUGCCAUAUUAUUGGAGAAUUACUUUCUUAAUUCAAACCUGGAUCCAGUGAAAUAUACAGUCUAUUUGGCAGCCUUGAAGAAAUACCUCCUCUCAGAUUGAGCUUGUUUUGUUACUCCCCCAUGACAUACAAAUGCACAGAUCAAAUAGCUUAUUUUUUUUAAAUACACAAGAAAAACAAAAACAACCCAGAAACACAACUGAAUAAAAACUCUACACAAGGAUUAACACGGUUUCAGAAUGACAGGGAAGUUUGUGAAUCCUUUACGAUGUUAAUAAAGAGUUCACUUUGACAUAUGGUCAGUAAAGGCCAUUUCUUCUGCAACUAUAAAGAUGUGCACUUUAUAUAUUUAUUGCCCUAUUGUGGCUAGAAAUUCUUGAGAUGAGGGCCAUACGUUGCUGUGGAAACUCAAAAUCUUUAUAUACACACACACACAGCAGAUGGAGGUAAUUUCUGGUUUCAUCCAAUGUAUAUGCACAAUCAGUCUAGCAGUCAGUAACAUUUGCAGCAAUUCAAAAUGUUGGUGAAAAAAAAUCCAUUAUUUUAUCCUUAUACACAUAAACGGACAUAAAAUGGGUUGACCACAAUGCAAAACAAAUAGUCUCUAUUGUUGGGUACUACAUGCAUUGUUCCUCUGCAACAUGUUCGAGAAAAUCUCUUCUAAUGACACGUUCAAAUCUAGUUCUCAGUACGGCUAGGAAACCAGUCCUGCACAUUUUAAAAACUUUCUUCAAAUAUACUUUGUCUUGCCAAACCUGUACCAUAAAAUCUUCUAUCUAUCAUUUAAAUAUAUUGACAGCAUGACUUGAACUUGACAUCAAAUUCGUACUUUGGCCUUAGACAAAGCCUGACUGCAAAUUCCAGUUCUGUUCUUUUUUCUUCUCUCCCAAAAUGUUUACUUGUGCACUCUCCCUCAUGGAUUUAAAAGGAAUGGAUUGGGGAAAGGAACUUCCUCCAGCCAACGUUUUCACCAGUCCGAGGCUUUUAAAUACUUGAAAGAGUGCACACUGGAGAGAAGGGGAAGAGGCAAUCUUUCAGGAAGCCAAAUUUAAAAUAGCUUAAAAAAGGACAUUAGCCAAAACAGCUUAAAACAGUGGUAAAACCAAACAGAAGUAAAAAAAA